AUGGCAGAACAGUUAGAGAGCCGUGUUCUGGGGAUCGAGCAGGGGCAGGAAGAGCUGAGCAAUCAAGUAAAGAAGAUAUUGGACCUAUUGCUGAACAAAGGGAAGACAGUCCAAGAUCAGGAUCAUGAAGAAGAAAAUGACCCUAUCCACCCGCCCGGUUUUACGCCAAUUCAGGGGCAAUCUUCUGGUCCGCCCCCAUUCACCUUAGAGAAACCGCCGCAUGGCACGCCACCUUUUAUCCCAGCAGUGACAGGAAUAGGGAUGCCCUCAUCAGCGGUUGCGGGUGUAGGGACAAGCAAGACUGCGACGGAAUACCGUUGUGACGAAUUGGAAGAACGGCUAAGGGCCAUAGAGGGGACUCGGACCACCAGUACCGCCAGACCCUCAGAUUACUGCCUAGUCCCUAAUGUAGUCAUUCCUCCAAAGUUUAAGAUGCCAGACUUCGAGAAGUUUGACGGGACCACAUGCCCUCAGACCCACCUCCGGAUGUAUUGUCAGUCGAUGGCCGCCUAUACCGAUAAUGAGAAGUUGAUGAUGCAUUGCUUCCAAAGCAGUCUUACCGGGACAGCGGCUAGAUGGUAUGUCCAACAGAAUAAGGCCCAGAUCCGCACGUGGGGUGACUUGGCCGAUGCCUUUGAAGCGCAAUAUCGUCAUAUCUUGGAAAUGGCUCCAGACAGGAUGUUUCUUUCUGAAAUGGAAAAAAAGCCAACAGAAACUUUCAGGGAGUAUGCACACCGUUGGAGAGACGCGGCCACUCAAGUGGACCCUCCGGUCAACGACCGUGAGGCAAUAUCGAUGUUCGUAGGGACGUUAAAAGAUCCCUACCGUUCACAUCUAGUAGGGUCCACUCCUCAUAACUUCAUGGACAUUGUGUCGGCAGGGGCCAGAGUGGAAGCCGACGUCAAAGCUGGACGGAUAAAGACUGGCACUACCGAUAAUGGCCCAAGUAAGAAGUGGGUCAAAGGUAAAAAGGAAGAAGAGACCCAAAUGAUACAGGGACCUAUGAGAAGCCUAAGACAGAGAAGCCGAAGUCAACAACCUAGGGGAAAUUUCUACAUGGAACCAGUAGUAAACCAAACACUGCAUAUGGGCCCCAGACCCCAGUUUGUGGCCCCCGCGCUUGUGCCAACCCAGCCGAACAUACCAACUCGCCCGAGCCAGCAAACACACACGAGGAAUACACCCAAGAGUUUUCGGAGAUUGGAACCGAUUCCCAUGUCAUACGCAGACUUAUUCCCCCAGCUUUUAGAACAAAGGAUGAUAUCUACCAUCCCCGGGAUUCCUCUCACAAAUCCUCCCCCACACUGGUAUAAUCCCGAGGUCCGAUGCGCGUACCAUGCCAAUUCUCCAGGGCACCCUAUUGACCAAUGUUGGGCCUUCAAACACAAGGUGCAAGAUUUGAAGGAUGCGGGUUGGUUGUCAUUCGAUGCGAAGCCGGUUGGUAUUCAAGAGAAUCCUUUGCCUGACCAUGGGAAGGACAAUGUCGGAAUGAUCGAGGAACAAGAUGGGGAAAAAUUCGAAAGAAGAUGGGAGCAAAUGACGCUAGACUGGGUGUAUAGUGAACUGACAACGGCAGGCCUAGCAGGGUUAAAGGCUAUUUGCCCUAAAGGCGCCCCAUGCACAUGCCAAAAUACUAUGAAAAGAUCAGUACAACAAUGUGAGACUUUCCGGAUUUUUCUAAGUAGCUUGAUUGACAGCAAACGAGUGGAAGUUAGCCGCGUUCAGAAAACAAAUGAAGUUUCAGUCAUAGGGGAAUCUGACCAUCCCCAAUUCACCAAUAGACCAUUUAUCCCCAUCAUGGGAAAAACCCCACGAGUCCCAGAGGCCCCAGUUCGGGUAGUGAUCUCAGCCCCUCGCCCUUUCGCAUACCACAGUGACCAGGCAGUGCCAUGGAGGUACAAUUGUGAAGUACGCACCGAAGGAGAAACUAGCAGUGCUGCUGAAGCAAGAGGGAUAACCAGAAGUGGAAGGGUUUAUACGCCGAAGGUCUUGGAGAAGGUGCAACCUAGCCAAGAACAGAAUAGGAACCUGAAGAAGCCAGUUCAAUCUCAGGAAGCCGAAGAAUUCUUGAAGAUUAUUAAACACAGUGAAUACAACAUUAUUGAUCAACUGAAGAAGAUGCCAGCCCAUAUCUCUGUUUUAUCACUGUUGUUGAGCUCGGAAGCCCAUCGGGAAGCCCUAUUAAAGGCUCUUAAUCAGGCCUAUAUUCCCCAAGACAUCAGCAUCGAUAAUUUUAACCAUGUGAUUGGUGGUCUUACGGCUACCAACUACAUUACAUUCGCUGAUGAGGAGAUCCCCGUGGAAGGACAAGGGCACAAUCAGGCGUUGCACGUUUCCGCUAAAUGUCGAGAUCACAUGAUUGCACGAGUGUUGAUUGAUAAUGGGUCAUCUUUGAAUGUCAUGCCCAUGACGACCCUACAAAAACUGCCUGUUGACCCGUCCUACAUAAGGCAAAACAAUUUGACUGUGCGGGCUUUCGAUGGCACCCGCAGGGAAUCGGUGGGAUCUAUUGAAAUUCCUGUGCAAAUUGGACCAGUCACCUUCGACAUUACAUUCCAAGUCAUGGCCAUAACCCCGUCUUAUAGCUGCUUGUUGGGGAGGCCGUGGAUACAUAACACCGGGGCAGUUCCGUCUUCUCUGCACCAACGGGUCAAAUUUGUAGUAGAUGGGAAAUUGGUUUGUGUAUAUGGUGAAACCGAUGUUAUGAUAACAAAGCCCACUUCCACUCCUUAUGUGGAAGUCACGGAGGAGGCAUUGGAGGACUCAUUCCGAGCCUUCGAGAUCAUAAAUGUCACAACUAUAGUAGAAGGAUCUCGAAUCCCACACCCUCAGAUCCCCGCCGCAGUGCAUAUGAUGGCGUCCGAAAUGAUCAGACAGGGGUACCAUCCAGAAAAAGGGCUCGGAAAAUACCUACAGGGGAUCCGAAAGCCGUUAAUGCUUAAGGAAGUCAAAGACAGAUAUGGCCUUGGCUACAUACCUACGGUGGCAGACCGAAGGAAGAAAGCUGAAGAGAAGAAGAUGCGGAGGGUGGAAAGAAUCACUGGUGAAACAAGCUCCAAGGAAGGACUGUACGUCCCGUCCAUCAGCCAAACCUUCGUAAAAAGCAGUCAAUCCAACCUGGAGGCAGAAUUGCGGCAAUUAAGUAUAUCAGUAUUGGAUGCUGAAGUCCCGUCGAACACUUCUACAGAGUGGAUCCAUCAUCUCCAACCAGGAGUACAGCUUCAGAACUGGAGUUCUUUUGAUUUACCAGAUAUCAUCAUGUAA